AUGCAGGGGGUCAGCAAUCCCGGUCGGACCGGGACGAACGCCAAUCUAGGGUACACCGCGACGGCACAGUGCAUAGCACGAAUUUUGCGCGAGUACCGUGAGAUCCAGCGGACACCGUCUCCGCACUGGUGCGCAAACCCUUUGCAGAUUGAGGAGCCCUAUGAAUGGCACUUCACGCUUCGAGGUCCGCAGGAUUCCCAUUUCGAAGGAGGCUUGUACCAUGGUCGCAUCGUCUUGCCCCAAAACUAUCCCUUUGCCCCUCCGAAUCUGGUCAUGCUCACCCAGAACGGCCGGUUUGAAGUCGGAAAAAAGGUCUGUCUGAGCGCCAGCAGCUACCAUCCGGAGCUCUGGCAACCAGCUUGGGGUAUCCGAACGCUCCUAGAUGCCCUCUGCGCCUUCUUCCCGACACCCGCAGGCGGGGCGCUUCAUUCUCUUGACAGGCCCGAGAAGCAGGUGCGCAGGCAAUUAGCACUCGAGUCAGUUAACUGGCUUUGUCCGACAUGUGGCAAGUCGAAUAAGGAACUCGUCGAGGAGGCGUGUGCCGCUCCAACCAGCGCCCCUCCAGACCUUCCAGAGCCACUAAGGCAACAAGCUCAGCUACGUGCUGACCAGGCUUCUCGGGCUUCACCUCCUCUGGCGUCAGACGAGGGUGGCGCCUCGUUCGAGUCUACCCGGCUAGGCGGAAUGCCGGUUCCGGCUGUUCAACAAGAAAGAAGGGUGGAUGCUCCUGGUGUCUCCUUUGUCGGCGGGAAUAUGGAGUCCAACCAGCCUCCAAGAACCUUCACCCCACGUGAGGAUCCUCUGCGCCACCGGAGGCGUCCUCAGAGAGGCCACAGGACGCUGAUGUCGCAGCUUUUACAAACUCCCUGUACAAGGGGAGAGUUCAUCGUGGCAGCAGCUGAUGUGGUGUUGCUUGUACUUGUCCUGGCAUCUGUGGUUUUGCUUGCGGAUUUGUUUGUGAAUCCGCCCAAGAUGACCCUGUAUGAGAGCUCACAGGCUGGGGAAAAAUUCUGA